GUUUUAUAGCGGUUUUGCAGACGUGUUCAUUACUGGGGUAGGUCUUGGAGACUCUCAUAAAACCCAUCAUUGCUCAUACCAUACCACAUAACAUUCAGUACAUUCUUCUCUUCAAAAAUGGACCCUAAUGAAGUGCAGCAUUCUCAUUGCCUAGAGAUGACCAUGGAAGUGCACCAAGUUCUUCCACCACCCCACAAGACCACUCUCCACAAACUCAACAACAGGCUCAAGGAAACCUUUUUCCCUGAUGACCCUCUUCGCCAAUUCAAAGGCCAACCACUAAAGACAAAGCUAAUUCUUGCUGCUCAAUAUCUCUUCCCUAUUCUUCAAUGGGGUCCUAAGUACACCUUCAAACUCUUCAAGUCUGACCUUGUUUCUGGCCUCACUAUUGCUAGCUUGGCUAUCCCACAGGGAAUCAGUUAUGCUAAGCUUGCAAAUCUUCCUCCGAUUGUGGGACUAUAUUCCAGUUUUGUCCCACCGCUUGUUUAUGCUGUUCUUGGAAGCUCGAGGGACCUAGCUGUAGGACCAGUGUCUAUUGCUUCUCUUGUGCUGGGAUCGAUGCUGAGACAGGAAGUGUCUCCCACAGGAGACCCAGUUCUGUUUCUUCAACUGGCUUUUACUUCAACUUUUUUUGCCGGUCUCUUUCAAGCUUCGCUUGGAAUCCUAAGGCUCGGUUUCAUAAUUGAUUUUCUAUCGAAGGCCAUUCUGAUUGGGUUCAUGGCUGGAGCUGCUAUUAUUGUCUCCCUGCAACAGCUUAAGAGUCUGCUUGGAAUCUCACAUUUCACUAAUCAGAUGGGACUGAUUCCUGUGAUGACUUCUGUUUUCAAUAAUAUUCAUGAGUGGUCAUGGCAAACGAUACUGAUGGGGAUUUGCUUUCUAGUGCUACUACUAUUAGCAAGACACGUUAGCAUAAAAAAACCAAAGUUAUUUUGGGUCUCAGCUGGAGCUCCUCUUGUGUGUGUUAUCAUUUCCACACUUCUAGUUUUUGCAAUUAAGGCUCAAAACCAUGGCAUUAGUGUGAUCGGCAAAUUGCAACAAGGGAUAAAUCCUCCUUCAUGGAAUAUGUUGCGCUUUCAUGGAAGUCACUUAGGCCUAGUUAUGAAAACAGGGCUUAUCACUGGCAUUUUGUCUCUCACUGAAGGUAUUGCAGUAGGAAGAACAUUUGCAGCUUUGAAAAACUACAAAGUUGAUGGAAACAAGGAAAUGAUGGCAAUUGGGUUUAUGAAUGUGGUUGGCUCCUCCACUUCCUGUUAUGUUACAACAGGUGCUUUCUCUCGGACAGCUGUUAACAACAACUCAGGAGCAAAAACAGCUGUGUCAAAUGUUGUUAUGUCUGUCACAGUCAUGGUGACACUCCUUUUUCUGAUGCCAUUGUUCCAAUACACACCCAAUGUUGUGUUGGGUGCAAUCAUAGUCACUGCAGUGAUUGGCCUCAUUGAUCUCCCUGCUGCUUAUAACAUUUGGAAGAUAGACAAAUUCGAUUUCCUUGUCAUGUUGGCUGCUUUCAUGGGUGUUCUUUUCAUCUCUGUCCAAGGAGGCCUUGCUCUUGCUGUUGGAUUAUCAACUUUCAAGAUACUGAUGCAAAUUACAAGGCCAAAAACAGUAAUGUUGGGGAAGAUUCCAGGAACAAACAUAUACAGAAAUCUUCAUCAGUACAAGGAAGCUGUGAGAGUACCUGGUUUUCUUAUUUUAAGCAUUGAGGCUCCCAUCAAUUUUGCUAACAUAACAUAUCUUAACGAGAGAACAUUACGAUGGGUAGAAGAAGAGGAAGACAACAUAAAAGAACAAUCAAGCCUUCGAUUCUUGAUAUUGGAAAUGUCUGCUGUGAGUGCCAUUGAUACAAGCGGAAUCUCACUUUUCAAAGAGUUGAAAUCAACCUUAGAAAAGAAGGGUGUUGAGCUUGUGUUGGUGAAUCCCCUCGCUGAGGUCAUUGAGAAGCUGAAAAAAGUUGAUGAAGCUAGUGAUUUCAGGCAUGCAGAUAGCCUUUUCUUGACGGUUGGAGAGGCUGUAGCUUCACUUUCAUCAACAAUGAAGAGUCAAUCACCAGCUAUUCUUGGAGGGGCACACACAAUUGUGUAAUUGGUAAAUUUGGAAGAGGCCAAUGUAUAAGCCAAAGUUAAGAGAAAAAAGAAAAAUAUGGAAGAUGUAGCCACAAGAAGAUUUGCAUAGAAUUUGCGUAAAACGAGUCAUUGUUAAAUCGUAUAGUUUAAACAAGAAAAUUAAGAUGAAUCCUUGUCAUUUUUGGCUUCCC